CACACACACAGACCCACGUGCACACUGACGCUGUACGAGUCUCAAUCUAAAGGUCAGACCACAGGAACUACAUGAACGCGGUCUGUCCCCUCUAAACGGGAGCCCCGGGUGUUUCACAUGUUCUAAAGUGCGUCUCUCACUUCCCAGCUCUUCACUCUGCGUUCCUGCCUUAAGGCUCCUGGCCGGGCCAUCCGACUGCUGGUUUAUCUGCCCUGGCACACACCCUCUCUCGCUGGGGAAGUGUCACUCGACCGCCACCCAUCCCACCGCACCCCUCCACCACCACCACCACCACCACCACCACCACCACCUCCUCCUCCUUUCUGCUGACUCCCUGCUCACCCUCUCCUCCCCUUCGUCUCCUCGCCUCACCCCUCUCUCCUCUCUCUCUCUCUCUCUCUCUCUCUCUCUGGAUGCCAGCAGCUUCUCGUCAUGGAGCAGACGACAGUCACAGACCAACCCGGACUGUCAGUCACCACACACUCACCGUCAGCCUUCGGAGGGGAGGACGGGGGGGGCCUCGCCACAGGAAGUGAAGCCAACCGCAGGUCAAUGGACGCCCCUGCAGCGACAGACCCCAUCCUCACCCAGCCCGGCCUCGGCGUCACCACGACAACCAUCACCACCAUCACGCAGACGGGGGGGGGCUGGAGCUCGGGCUUGUUCGACAUCUGUGGAGACAAGAGCUCCUGUGUUCUCGGGGCCCUGGUGCCAUGUUGUCUAGACCUGAGUUUGGCUCACCAGUACGGCGAGUGUCUGUGUACGCCUCUCUUACCGGGAUCCACGUUUGCCAUGCGAGUCGGGAUCAGAGAGCGGUACAAGAUAAGGGGGAGCGUGUGUGAGGACUGGACCACGGUGUACUGCUGUUACCCUCUGGCUGUGUGUCAGAUGAUAAGAGAGAUGAAGCGGAGGAUGAAGACUCAGACGUAUCAUGUGUCCACUGCCCUUGAGUGCUCCUGAGGAAACUGGAGACAGUAAAUGAGGCUUUUCCUUCUUACGAUGCAGCGGAGAGCGGCGAGGACCUACUGGUACCAACAGGACAAAGAAUCGAUACCAUGAGGUUUUGAACUUACUCUCCAGUCCCCUGUGAGGACGCCUUGGACAAUAAAUCAAGCCUGGGACGUUCAGAGAGGGCCGGAGAGGGGGAACCUUGAUUAAUAGGGUAAACCUUUUUUUACACUGCUUGUGUUUCAGAAUCAGAAUCAGAAUCAGAAUCAGAAUUAUUUUUAUUGCCAUGUAUAUUUGCACAUACAGGAAAUUGCCUUGGUGUGGCUGGUGCACUGUACAAACAACAAUAUACAAACAACAAUAUAAAAACAACAACAAUAUUGAACAACAAUAUAUACAGUAAGAGAGUUACGUGUGGUUCUAAGGUGCAGAGAUUGGUGAUAAUGUCAAUAAUAUAGAGUUAUAAAUUAUGUGCGGGGGGGGGGGGGGGGGGGGUCAGCAGAGUCAGUGUGAUGCAGAGUCAGUGUGAUGCAGGGGGCUUGUUUGUGAGCCCCACUGCCAUGGGGAAAAAACUGUUCAGGUUUUUUCGAGAGGUUUUCGAGAGGACACCACGAAUAUAUUCUACUUUUCUUACAGAGGCGAUGGUUUGUGAAGUAAAUUCCAAGACGAGUGAAAAGCAGGUGAUAUUGUGAGCAAAUAGCACUGAAUAUCUGAUGUAACUCCCAGUCAUAUACCAGCAAAUAAAAAUGUUGAUUUCAUUUCCAA